AUUCGUCUCAAAAAAUUCAAGCAAUUUUGAGAAUUUUGAGUGUUUUUCUUGUAAUUUAAUCGAAAAAAAGCCCUUAACAAUGAGUUCGGGGUUCGUUACAGAGUCAGAGAUCGCCGAGGCAAAACGUAUUCGUCAAGAGGAAUGGGAAAAAGUCCGAAGUAAAGAAGAUCCCGAAGAAGCUCCUGAACCUGAAAUUGAUCAUCGUUCGCUGUUCGAUCGUUUACAGGAGCAAAAACAGAAGAAAGAUCUCGAUUAUGAGGAAACCCACAAAUUGAAAAACAUGAUCCGUGGAUUGGAUGACGACGAAGUGCAGUUCUUGGAUUUGGUCGAUAAAAACAGAUUGGAAGCCGAAAAACAGCAAAAACUCGAAGAAGCUAAACUUUUAGAGGAAUUCCGACAGCAAUCCACAGCCAGCAGUCAAGUAGAUCUCAAGGAAAAGCUCAGUGCGGAACUCAAUGCCGCAAAAAACAAACCGAAACCAAUGGCAGCGCCAUCAAGACCCUCACAGAAGACAAUUUUAGCGGGAGUUGUGAAGAAAAGAAGCACAUCCGAGGCAAAUGGAAAUGACGAACAAGCAGAGAAAAAAUUAAAAACUGAAGAAAAUGCUUCUACAGGACUUCGUUGCAUCGGAAUCUUGCCAGGCAUCGGAAAUUACAAAGACACAAGUGACUCGGAAGACUCAAGUGAUCCCGAAACUCCAACGGGAUACGAUUUGACAGGCAAAAAAAUCGAAAAGAAAUCUUGUAGUGGCGGCGAAUGAUCGUUAGAUGAAGUUAGUGUCUCGUCUCUGUUGUCAUUUAACCAGAAAUAAUCUUUCUUCUUCUCUUUAGAAUUAAGCUCAAUAAAUUUUAUGUCUUCAUUAGAGAAAAAAAUCUUUUAAAAAAC